ACGGACGUUGCCCACAUACGUGAGGCCGACAACGGCAAGCCCUUUCACCAUCACCACCACCACCACCGUUCACGGUCCACUGACCAGAGGGGCGCCACCGUAGCAAAAUUAUUAUGAAUAUGAACGAAAAUUACCCAAUGCCGCCGGCGACAAAAAUGACGUCGUGCGCUUAGAUAUCGCCGGUUUUUCCUCGUCUGGGGACAGUCUAUUUCGGCAGGAAAGUUACUAACAGUGCGGUGGCUUCUCUGAUAUCAUGGUGUUCCUCCUACCGCUUGACUUCACUCUGACUGCCGGGGCUACUGCAACUGCACUUUUUACGUUACUAGCAUGGUUUAAGUUCGCCGACGCUGACCUCACCGUGCUAUUCAAUUCGUUGUUUGGUAAAUCAAUUGGGUCUUUGAAGCGCAAAGUGGUAUGGAUCACAGGUGCCUCAAGUGGGAUAGGAGAGUAUCUGGCAUACGAACUAGCACGUGCUGGUGCCCGCCUUGCGCUUUCAGGCACCAACAGCAACAACCUAGCUGCAGUGAAAGAUCGUUGUUGUGAUAUACGAGCAGAUGCUGAAGUCAUUACGGUACCAUUUGAUAUAUCAGACUUCACAUCUCACGAAGCCCAGCUGCAAAAGGUCUUGACCCACUACGGGAAGAUCGACGUCCUUGUGAACAAUGCUGGGAGAUCACAAAGGGCUGCAUUUGGAGAAAUCGAUAUCUCGACAGACAAAGAAAUGUUUGAUAUCAAUGUUUUUGGAUCAAUUUCUCUUACACGGCACGUCCUGAAACACUUCGAGGCUGCAGGUGUCCGCGGUCAUGUCGUGGUGAACAGUAGUGCGGCUGGAAAGUUAGGUGUACCAUUUUCUGCGACAUACACAGGAUCGAAGCAUGCUCUUCACGGUUACUUCGAAUGCCUGAGAAUUGAGGCUGCCAUGACAGGAGGUAUGGACGUGACCAUGGUCGUUCCUGGCCCCGUCAGGUCCCGCAUUCGGGAGAGAGCUUACACGUCCACACCUGGCCAGAUGUAUGGCUUGGAAGACACUCCAGAUUCCAAGCUGCUGUCAACAGAAAGAUGUUCAUACCUCAUGGCAGUUGCGAUUGCUAACAAACUGGAUGAGGUUUGGAUAUCUCAAAAUCCUGUCCUUGUAUUGUUGUACCUGGCACAGUACAUACCAAGUAUUUUCAGAAGGUACCUGAUCAAGAUAAUUUUUACGAAACAACGGAUAACAAAAAUAAGAGAGGGACGUUAGUGACAGGAGGACACAUGGACUGUGGUUACUGAUAUCAUUACUCUUUUUCAAUGUAGCAUUUCUUUUUGAAGGUGGCUGUCUUUGCUGGGUGACUUGAUGCUAGUGUUUCCUAGAGAAGGACAAGUAGGAUUACGUGGUCACAACAGACACAAUUUGAAACCAUAAUAUUCAGUAAUUCAGCUGGGUUGUUUCUGAACUUUCUUUAUUGAAUGGGAUCUCUGUAGUAUGCAGCACACUUGCAUAGUGUAGAAUAAAUAAUCUAUUUUUGUA